ACUGGUAGGGAAGCGUCGCUCAUAGUUUAGCAAAGAAAAGGUUCGUGAAGUAGGGUCGUAUUUUUAAAGUCGUUUCAACAAAGGGAUGUAUGAAAACAUACAAAGGACUGUCAGUGUCAACUGUCAGAACCUUAUAUUGCCAAACUAAACGCGUAACGUUACACGUUGUGCAAACUGUUGGUGGCUAUUGAAGCUAACGAUAUAGCAUAGGUUGUUUCGGUAACUAUCCAUAAUUGGUGCUAACUUUACAUUUGUAAUCUCUGCCAAUUUUACAAAGAACUAACUUGGGUUACUCUUGAAUUCCCUACUUAUAAGAGGACUUCCACACUAGUGUGCUUGAGAAAGGCUUCCAACAUUAGAUAUCGGACCUAUCGUCAGAUGUGAGCCAACUUGUCAACGGGAGAAGCAUUUCGAUUUUCACUCGUAUGACAGAUGCCUUCUCUGUAUUUCUCCAUUGGCAUAAUUUUAAGAGACACUUUUGGAUCUAUAUUUAAUUUUUUGUUAUUUUAAUAAAACCAAAAAUCCUCACUUGGCGACAUCAUGUCUGUCACCAUGGAAACUAAUGUGGCCACCACCCCUCUCCCCAUCCCAGCCCAUUUCUCCCAUGCCCAGCAGUCCUUCUCCCUGAAGAAGAGAAAGUUCCCUUUCUCCUCAUUUUCCUCAUCUGCCCUCUUCUCCCCCUCUCGUCUCUCCCACUCCCUGCCACCGCGCCCACCCUCCAAAGGGUGCCCUCCCGUCAGUCGCCUGUUCCCUCAGGAGCCCCUAUCAGCCUGGACCCCGCUGUCACGCUCACUGAUUGCCAAUCCCCCUCCACCCUCGCUCUAUGACCCCAAGCGACCUCAGCCCUUCUUCAGCCAGUGCUUUACCAACCUGGGCCUGCUGGGUCGAGGCUCUUUUGGGGAAGUGUAUAAGGUUCUGAGUCUUCUUGACGGGCGUCAGUAUGCAGUUAAGCGUUCCGUGCAGCGGUUCCGCAACGGCAGCGACCGUGCGCGGUGCCUGCGUGAGGCGCGGAACCAUGAGUGCCUGGGGCCCCACCCCCACGUGCUGGGCUUCGUGGCGGCCUGGGAGGAGGGCGGGCGCCUCUACAUCCAGACGGAGCUCUGCUAUACCAGCCUUCUUCUGCACGUGGAGAACCUGCCCUGCAGCCCCGAUGAGGUGACUGUGUGGGGGUACCUGUGUGACCUCCUCCACGCUCUGAGGCACCUGCAAACCUGUGGGUUCACCCACAUGGACCUGAAGCCCGCCAACGUGUUCGUCACGCGCUCCGGGCGCCUCAAGCUGGGCGACUUCGGCCUGCUGCUGGAGAAGAGGACGGGGGACGGAGAGAGGGAAAAAGAGGGGGAUAGAGACGGGGAGGCGGAAAAGGAGGACAUGCAGGAGGGGGACCCCAGGUACAUGGCCCCCGAGCUGCUGAAGGGGGAGUACGGCCCGGCUGCCGACGUCUUCAGUCUGGGGGUGUCCAUCCUUGAGUUGGCCUGCAAUAUGGAGGUGCCCAAAGGAGGAGAGGGUUGGCAGCAGCUUCGCCAAGGGAUUCUGCCCUCUGAAUUUACCAAUGGCCUGUCUCCUGAGCUGCAGCGUGUGCUGUGGCUGAUGCUGGUCCCAGAGCCCAGUAAGCGCCCUUCAGUGGAGCAGCUGCUGGCACUGGCGUCCGUCCGCAAGCACAGCUGGAGACGCCACGUGUCCCUACUGCUGCAGGAGACCCUGCAGGCACUCCUCUCACUCUCACAGUCAGUGGUCUCUCUGGGCUGGGGGCUCCUAUCCGCCCUCAAUCUCCCCUUCCUGCCCCGUUGUGACCCCCCCACGCCCUGCACCCCCCCGCGAGACAGCUGGGAGAAGGAGGGGGACCUCAGCACCCUCCCCCCCAGCCCCCCCACACCCCCCAGUGCACUCCACGACUCAGGGCGGGGGUCUGUGUGCCUGGGGGAUGAGUCUGUGUUCCUCCCUGAGCCCCUGCGCUUCGAUGACUCCCCUACAGACAGACUUCCAUCUCGGCUCUCCUUCGGCAGCACCUCCACCCCUGUGUCGCCCCCCUCCACUAAACCCGACGCCAGCCCUCUGCACUCCCAGAGCCGUGACUGGCUGACCACGCUGGAGCACCUCGCUCACACUCCCCCGAGCUCGCACCCCGGCCGCUCGCGUGUGGCGCCGGUCCUGGGCGGCACCACCACCACACCCAGCUUCAGCCCCAUCCACAACCACAGCCUCUUGGACCGGACACGGCCGGCCUCUCGCACCCUAGACCCCAAUAGUCCGCCUCAGACCCCGUCCUCCAGGCACUCGCGGUCGUGCUGUCGGGACCAGGACUGGACUGCUGGGGCGUCCUUCAACAAGCACAGCUUUGAGCCCAAGAACCUUCUAACCAUGUUCGAUGAGGCCGUGCAGAAUUAGUUGCCGUGUGAGAGACUACUGCAGUGUGUGUGUGUGCACGUGUGUUUGUGUGCGUGUGCACGUGUGUUUGUGUGCUACAUGUGUUUGUGUAUGUGUGUGUGUGUGUGUUUGUGUGAGUGAGAGAAUAGAGAUAUGUAUAUGUGGUUAUGGCAAUCCAUCUAGUGGCCUUACUUACUGGUUCAUGUUAUCUAUGGAUAUAUUGAAUUACCUGAGAAAUAUUGUGCAGUUGGUAUGAUUUAGUAGCCUGUGUUUAAAAAAGAAAAAAAAGUUCACUAUGUGAGUUGUUUUGCCGUUUACAUAAUGUGAUGUGUUGUUAACUUGAAUGUGACCCUACUCAUGUUGAGAUGUUAAUAUAUUAUCUUUAUGUAAAUCGUCUAUUUGCCAUAUCGCAU